AUGUCGACUCCAAACCCGCGUGACCACCAGUCACAGCGUAAUUCGGGUGCUGGAACCAGUACGCCUUCACGAGGACUUCAACGUCUUCCCAGUCACACACGCUAUCCACUUACACCCAGUCGCCUGGUCACCGUUUCGACUCCAUCCCAACGCUCAGCAUCUCGGUACACACCACGGGCUCGACCUCCUGCUACGCCAUAUGGACUACGUGCGCUUCAGCAACGAGCAGCAAAUCAAACGCCUGGUCGCGACAGGCGACGCAGCGUUCGAGUACAACGGGAGACUACAUUUGAUAUUCUGCGAAAUCUGGGUAGAGCGCUUGCCCCUAUUUCUCAGCCUAUUCAGUCAUCACCCCAAGAGGAGCCUGAGAUAAUAGAAGAAUUGCAAUACGAGAUAGACGAGCUGGAUAAUGAAUCGCCAAUCGAACCGCCGCGGAUGUCUUUGCCAUUGCAAGAAGUUGACGACGAAAGCGAUGAGACUAGUCCUCCCAUGCCUCCUCGCAUGUCUAUCGCCUUUGACGACGACGAUAUUACGUACAGAUCCGUCGAAUAUCCUCGUGACAUGAGUGCUCGAGACCAGAAUCGACUUUCCAUAAUGGAUCGCCUUGCGGGAAGAAUGAGCGAGACUUUUGGAGCUCAACUCGAAAGCGAUUCAGAUGCUGGGGAUGAAACGGGCAUAGUGUACGAGGAUGAUGCAGGAGAGGACACUAUGAUCAGCGAUUUUGAUCGAGGAGGAGAGACUGAGGACCUGGGCCGGUUCCAUUUCGACCUUAACUUCCCUUCUCCAACUGCAGUGGCUGAAGAUCCAAUGGACGAGCAUGAGGGCGAGAUGGAUGGGUUUGAACUCUCUGCGGGUGAUAUAGAGCAGGUUCCAAGAUCGCCCUCAGACGAUGAUGAUGACGCUGGUGGUGGGUUCGACUAUGGAUUUGAUUUCCCACAAGCAGACUCUCCAAGCCAGAGCCCUGGCAUAGUUGGCGGAGGAUUGCGAGAAGAGGAUCAUCCAGUAAAGGGCAAGCUAAAGAAGCUUUCCCGGUAUGGAAUACCCAUUCCAAACCUGCCUGUUGGCGUUGUCAAGAAUCUAGCCACUCGAUUCGCACGCAACAAAGCUGGUUCUAAACCGAAGCUUAACAAAGCUGCAAUGGCCGCAAUCGAGCAAGCGUCUUCGUGGUUCUUCGAACAGGCAAGUCAGGACUUGGCUGCAUACUCAAAGCACGCUGGUCGGAAGACCAUUGACGAAUCCGACGUUAUUACUCUUAUGAGAAGGCAACGUCAUAUCAACAAAUCCACAACUGUUUUCUCCUUGGCUCAAAAGCAUUUGCCCAAGGAACUCCAACAGGACAUGAGAGUUGCAAUGCCCCCGUGA